AGUCAGUAUUCAUGCUGAAAUCAUUCAUAAAGGUAGUGGAAAAAAUUUAGAAAAUGAAUUAUAUAUGGAUAUUACUGUUAUUUGUAUAUCCGGCAACUAGUGAUGAGGUUUACCAAAAUUCUUCCCACAUUUGUGAUCAGUGUUUAUGUGAAGAUGAAGACGAAUUUAUAAUGGAUUGCAGUAGACAACAGUUUGAGCAUGUUUUGGCAAACUGGCCACCACACAAUAAAACAUUAGUGGCUACUUUCAGUUAUAAUAACAUUUCAACCUUGGAGAAGCUUCCUAUCUCAACGCAAAAAGCUAAACUAGUAUUCGAUCACUGUAACAUCAAGUAUUUGGAUAGUGGAUUAUUUUCUAAUAUGAAGAAUGUUGAGUAUAUCGAUCUGAGUUACAAUUUAUUGACAACCGAAGAAAUAGGAGGUGAUGACUUCAGAGGACCUUAUAAUGACAAGAGAUUUCGACCUAUAGCGGUAAAAUAUUUAAAUUUGGCUUACAAUCAAAUUCACAGUUUACCUGUGAAGUUUUUUGAAAAUAUGCCCGACUUAGAAGAACUCAAUCUACAAGGAAACGAUUUUAAAGUUCUUGACCCAACUACUCAAGUUGCUUUAGGAUCACUCACAAAAAUAAAGGUGUUAAAUCUAGCGGAUAAUGAGUUAACAGAAAUAGAGGGAUCUCUUUUAAGAAACUUACCCACUUUAUAUUCAUUGGAUUUAUCAUCUAAUCAUCUCGACUUUGUACCACUUACGUUGAGUUAUAUAAGUAACAAUCUUAAAGUGCUUAAAAUUAGUGACAACUAUAUAUUUAAACUUACUGACCAAAGCUUCUUAGGUCUUGAUCUGAUUGAACUGCACUUAAACAAUUUGCCUAGAUUGAAUUAUGUAGAAGCAAAUACAUUUGCAACUUUGAAACAUUUGAAGAAGCUAUAUUUAAGGGAUAACGAAAACUUAAAUUACAUUGACAAAGAAGCUUUUGGAGAUAAUCAAAUUAUAGAUGAAUUGGAUCUAAGUAACAAUUCUCUAGUGAAUUUGGAUUUUAAGUUAAUUAACUGGUCGAAACUGAAGAUUUUGAAAAUUAAUUUCAACCCAUUAAGAUGUACUUGUGAUUUAUAUAAUAUUUCCCAAUCGUUGCCAAAAUAUAUAACCCGUAAAUUAGACAGUCCGAUGUGUACAGAUAUGGAAAAUGGAGAUAGUACACCAGUAUUUUUUUUGAAGUCCACAAUAUGUUCACAGGACCAUCCACUUCAUAUAUCGAAUGCUAUUCAACAUUUUAACAAAAUUCGAAUCGCAAUGAUAGUAUUAAGUUCCUUAUUAUUAUCAGGAACAAUAGUUACUGUUAUUUUGCUUCUUUUGAGAUAUAGAAAAACGAUUGCAUUUAGAAAUUACCCAUUUGCAACUCAAGUCAGUUAUUAUCCCAUCCAAACCCAACAUAUUUAAAGAUUUCAUAUCAUCUGCUUGAGAUGAGUUCAAAAACUAUAAAGGUGCACACUGAGAUUACAAGAGCACCUGAAGGAAUGGACAAGAGCGCUGUGCUAAUAGAAAUUAAUCUUUCUAAGGAGUCCGUUUUCAAAUUUAAAUGUAGUAAUAUGUUCAAUUAUGUAAAAAUAUAAGUUUCAAGUUUAUUUUAUAUGCUAAAACAUACAUAGUUUUAUCCUGAUUCCUUGUGCAUCUUUCAUUUUUUCAAAUUGUGUAUAUAUAGUACAGUAGUUUUUCUAAUUAAUUAUUUUUCUUACUUCCAAACUAGUUUAUAACAAUUGAAUAAUAUAUUCUUCUGACAAGCUUAAAAACUGUCGUUUGACGCGAUAUUCCCGGAUUUUGCCGUUAUUUUUAUAAAUAAUGGGGUAGCUCGCUAUCUUGAGUAACAAGAAAGCAGGCCACCUUCUAGAAAAGGGCUCUCCUGUUCACAAUAACUAAAAUUAACUACAUGGAAAAUUGCCGCUUGAAUUACCGCGCAAGAAAAUAUCAUUGCCGACCAUUUCUACGUAUGAAGUCCAGUCUGAUUUAAUGGUACGAAAUGGCUUUUCCCCGUUUUAGUCCAGAUGCCAACUAACCCUGAGGUCGGCAAUGAUAUUUUCUUGUACGGCAUACCAAGCGGCAAUUUGCCUCAGUAGUCGUUGGCAUCCUGAGCAAAACGGGAAAAAACCAUUUUUACGUAUAAUUCCGGAAUGAUUUAAUGGUAUGAAAUGAUUUUUCCGCGUUUUCCUUUGCACCGAUAUUCAAACUGAUAUCAAAGAUAAUUUCCGUUCAAGAAAAUACGAGCCCGAUGUCGGGGCACGCAAAUAAGUAGAGAGAAACGGGUAAAAAGCAUCAGGAUUAUUUUGAAGGCACAGGACAUGCUUAUCAACUUGGUGAGCUACCUCUUACAGAGCUGCUUUUCUUCGCGAGGCCGUGUGUUUUCAAUAUUUGAAUGAUUCCCGCUGUUCUUGCCGAUUACGGGGCAGAUACCCUCUACUGGGCGGGACAGGUAAGUGUUGAAAUAACAAACACCAAAAGCCUUCAACUUUGUUGAUCGAGUUAUCUAUGAUCUUUUCCGAGCGACCAGUAAAUAUCAAAUGAUAAAUUCCAAAAUUGCAUCUUACGAUAGGUAAGAGAUGAAAAUAAAAAACCUAAGGACGUGAAUUUUAGGAAACAGCCGUUUUAAUGCUAUCCCCGAUCAACUAUCCGUAAAUAAUAUGAAAAUAAUUUUUCACUAGGUGAAUAAUUGCCAUUUCGCCAAAUCGCUUUUUGUCGUUAAUUAUUUAAAAAAAAUGAGGCGACCCGUUAACUUGAGUAUAAACAUAGCCGGCCACCCCAUUGCUCCCCUUUUUACAAUAACUAAAUCUAAUUGCAUAGAUAAUUACCUAGAUGAUAAACUGAAACUUACAAGUGCUGUUUAGUGGGUAUUACGUUAUGAAGCAGAUUAAAUCACUUCACACAGUAUACUGACAUUUUACAAGCCAGCCCGUGAUAUUUUCGUAAAUUGCCAGAAGAGCAGAAAUUUUGAAUAUUUCAAUUGUUGGGAUUAUGGUGUAUUUAUGAAAAAAAGUAAAUACGGUAUUCAGUUCGGAGAGAACUGAGUUACCCAUUUCUUAAACUUAAUACAUUGUGGAUUUUAUUAACCAUUCUAUACCUGGUUUUAUGACCUGUAGCUCGAGAACCUUUUUUUCUUUAUUUUAGGAAAUACCAAAAUAUAUUCUUUGAAAAGGUUAAAACGUGUUUAACAGAUGUUUGAAAUUCGAAAACUUUACUUCCAAAAUCAUAUUAAAAUAAAUAUUAUGAAAGAACAAUAUCUUAAAAGAGAAGGGUUUUUGCAUUCAAUAUUCCCCCACAAAUAAAUGGCCGCACAAAAAAGGCAACAGGGCAGGAGGUGGACCAAUUUCAGUUUGAAUAUCCUUACAAUGGAAAGUAAGAUGUGAUAAGAUAAGAUGUAGAUAAUUGCCGCUUGAUUUGGCGUUCACGAAAAUAUCAUUGCCGACCUCAGGGCUAAUUGGCAUCUGUGGUAAAACGGAAAAAAAAUUUCUACGUAUGAAGUCCAAAUAAUCGAAAAUCAAGCGGCAAUUAUCUAUGAUUUCAGUUUGAAUAUGCGUACAAAGGGAAGUAACAUUCCAGGGAACGGCCAGCUAACUUAGCUAUCAAUGUAACGAGCCACCCCCUGGAAUAUUAGCUCUCUCUAAAUUAUAAGUGUAACAAAGCACGUAGAUAAUUGCCGCUUGAUUUUCCGAGUUCAAGAUAAUGUUUCCUACCUCAGGGCACGUCGGCAUUUGGGCUAAAACGGAAAAAAACCAUUUUUUACCAUUAAAUCAUUGCGGACUUCAUAUGUAAAAAUGAUUUUUUCCCGUUUUGGCCCGGAUACCGACGUGUCCCGAUGUCGGCAAUGAUAUUUUCGUGAACGGCAAACCAAGCGACAAUUAUCUACGUGCUUUGUUACGCUUAUUGUUUAGAGGGAACUAAUAUUUCAGGGGGUGGGUUCACUACAUCGAUUGUUAAGUUAGCUGGCCGUUCCCUGGAAUAUUACUUCCCUUUGUACGGAUAUUCAAACUGAAAUCAUAGAUAAUUGCCGCUUGAUUUGACGUUCACGAAAAUAUCCUUGUCAACCUCAGGGCUAGUUGGCAUCUGGGUUAAAACGGAAAAAAGUUUCUACGUAUGAAGUCCAAGUGCGGAAUGAUUUAAUGGUAUGAAAUGGCUUUUCCCCGUUUUACCACAGAUGCCCUGAGGUUGACAAGGAUAUUUUCGUGAACGUCAAAUCAAGCGGCAAUUAUCUAUGAUUUCAGUUUGAAUAUCAGGCGCAAUAUGAUUCAUAAUCUGAAUGAACGCAAUUCAUCUGAGACAUCAAGUACAUUUCUUAUUAUGGUUGCCUUAACCGAAAAAGAGAGUAUAGAAGUUUUAAUGACGGUAGGUUACUUGAAGCAUAAGUUCCAUUUAACGAGACCAGGAAUAAGCGACGAUCCAAAUUUUUAUAUUUUGCUGUCUAUAGAAGACAACGCAACAGAAAUUGCCUCGCAAUAAAAUAUUGGUCAGUCGUUUGUAGUAAAGUUUUUGAAGAAGUAAAAACUCUUAAGAAAGGAAUUUUGUGAAAUAUUCAUGAGGCAUUGUGAUGUGAUUUUAAAACGUUCUGUUCACGUGGUACAGUAAAUGUACAAAAUUCUCCCUAAUGGCCUUGCGAAAACCCCCACUGGAUUCGAUUAAAACACACCCAGCGCUCCGAAAAAAUUAUAUUUGGGUAGGGAAAUUUAUUGGUCUAUAUUUCUUUUAUGGGAAAUUAAUAGCUGAGCGAUAUUUGGAACAACUUUGUAUGGCAGUGUUUCUAAUUACGUCAUUUCCAUAUCCGAAUAAUAGGGAAAAUUUUAUUUAAUUAUUUACAAAUGGUGGACUGCCAAUUAUUUUUGAGUUUUUUUGAUGUUAAUAUUAUCAAAUCGAAUUGCCGUCACAAGAAAUUUUAUUCUCUUUCAAUUAAUAAAACCGUUUCAGUCAAUAUUCGUCCUAACCUCUCAGUUCUUCCAAGGAUUGCCGAUCACUCCUUAGUACCUCAGCCAAAUAAAGUAAUCCGACAAAUUCCUUAAAUUCAGCCACCUCUGUAGGUUUUGCGUCUCUAGCUCUUAGAAAGUGAUUGGGAAUGUAGCUGGAAGGUCUACUUUCUGUUGUGAAACACAGAAACUUGGUAGACCAAAAUAUAUUCUACUCAUUUUAUAGAUUAAAUACCCCCGACGAAAAGUUAUAUGUAAUAGAUAAUUGCCGCUUGAUUUGGCGUUCACGAAAAUAUCAUUGCGGACCUCAGAGCUAGUUGGCGUCUGGAGUAAAACGGGGAAAAGCCAUUUUUUACCAUUAAAUCAUUGUGGACUUCAUCGUAGAAAUGAUUUUUUUCCGUUUUGCCCGGGAUGCCGACGUGUCCUGAUGUCGGCAAUGAUAUUUUAUUGAACGGCAAAUUAAGCGGCAAUUAUCUAUGUAGUUAUUUUUAGUUAAUGUAAAAAGAAGAGCCAUUUUCUAGGGGAUGGUUAGGUUAGAGGGCCGCCCCAUUUUUUUAAAAAUAAUUAACGGUAAAUUCGGGGAAUUUCACGGCAGUUUUGAAGCUUCUCAGAAUUUAUUUUUUUAUAAGUUGGCCCGCUAACUUGACAGGCAUAUAACAUG